UAUGCGACCUUAAAGUUGACCAUCGUUUCACGUUUUAUUUGAUGUAUCUCAAGCUAAGACCUCAUGUACAAGAAGGCUUGAGUGAGGAUGAUUCCAAAGGUACUGACGACGAGGAUAAAUCUCAUUCUCUCAUUGGCUGCCAAUCUGAUGAUCAUCAAUCUCUUAAUGAUGAAAGAAAAGAACAAAUAAGAAAAAUUGUAUACGACGAAAUAGAAAACUUAGUAAAACUGAGAUUGGAAGAUAUGGAUAUGAUUCCGUUCUCUUCAGAAGAGAAAUGCGAAGACAUUGUGUGGGGGCGUGGUUGCGAUGAAGGACCCAUCAGUAUCUCUUCUAGAGGAUGUCAGCUGCUAGACGGGCUGUCAGACGAGGAGCAGAAGGCAAACGAAGAGUGUUUAGAACAGUCGUCAAAAUGCAAAGGAGACCAUUCACUAGCAUGGAAACAGAAAUCUAAACGUGGGACACAUUUGAAACAUUUCAACAACAAAAAACGUGAAUCUCAAACUAAAAUGACGGAUAAUGAGAUGGGAGACAUGCGUCAUAAAUCAACGAAUGAGCAAGAAGUUAAUCCGCUUGUUGAUGGUGUGAGAGGUCUUCGCAGUAUUCAACACAUAUUUUAUGUACCCAAACAACCAGAGCCUCUUAGUGCGUCUGUUUCAUCUUCGGGUGUUCAGUCUUCGUUUAGCAAAAAGAACAAGAUGUGGAGUCGGGGUGUUGUGGUGUACCCUGUUGCUCAGCAAUCUGAUGGUUCGAAGAGUGAGACUCCAUUGAGGUCGGAGCAGGUGGCGUCAUAUGCACCGUCUCUUAAAUUUGAGUCUUUGUUUGAGUCAGGGAACUUGGAAAAAGCAAUUAGGAUUGGUGAAUAUUCGUAUGAUCUUGUUCUUCAUCCUGAUGUUGACACUCACAGACACACACAAUGGUAUUAUUUUCAGGUAGAGAAUGCAGUUCCUGGUGUUAGUUAUCACUUCACAAUAGUAAACUUGAGAAAGAAGGACAGUCUCUAUAAUCACGGACUUCGACCUUUGUUUUACUCAACUAUUGAUGCACAAGAAAAUAACAUUGGUUGGGUCAGAACAGGGCACUCUAUAAGUUAUUCACGAAACCACGAUAACCACAACGAUUCAACGGCGAGUGAUGUCUUGUAUUACCAGCUGUUGUGGCAGAUGGAAUUUCCUCAUGCUGACGACAUCACAUACCUUGCUCACUGUUAUCCUUACACUUACACAGAUCUGCAGACUCACCUUAUCUCCAUACAGACGGAUGAGAAGACAUCACAGUUCUGUAAACAAGAUGUCUUGUGUCGGACGUUGGGAGGCAAAGAUUGCUACAUUCUUACAAUUACUGAUUUUGAGAAUGACAGCGAUGAUAAGCAAGGAGUCUUCCUAUGUGGCCGUGUGCAUCCCGGCGAGUCAAACUCCAGUUGGAUGAUACACGGACUCAUUGACUUUCUUACCUCACAACACAAGAAAGCACGAGAAUUACGACAGUUGUUUGUCUUUCAAAUUAUUCCCAUGCUAAAUCCUGAUGGAGUUGCUAUUGGCAACUACCGCUGCUCGCUAUCAGCCAGAGAUCUUAACCGACAAUACCUACAUCCUGUAAAGAAAACAUAUCCAACGGUUUACAAUGCCAAACAAGCGAUCAAUACUCUCAAACAGAAACGCAAAGUGUUGUUGUUUUGUGAUUUUCAUGGUCACAGUCGCAAGCACAAUGUGUUUAUGUACGGCUGUCAAGAGAAGAUGGCAGCUACUCCAUUACAGUUUCUCAACCACAGGCUGUUCCCAUUUCUGAUGGCUAGUAAGGCUAAAGGUAUAUUCACGUUUGCUGGCUGUAAGUUUCACAUUGCAAAGUGUAAAGAGUCAACAGCACGUGUUGUUAUGUGGAGGCAGCUGAACGUGAUGAAUAGCUUUACACUGGAGGCUACAUUUGCUGGCUCAACGUUAGAAAAGUAUGUUCCACGUCAUUUUCAUUGCGGUGAUUUCAUGUCAGUUGGACAGUCAUUUGCUGAAUCUGUUCUUGACUAUUGGCACUGUGUUUCUCAGCCGUUUGUCACCAGCCAGUAUGCAGAUCUAAUUGAAUGUUUGGUGUCAUCAACACAUCGUUCAUGUACAAUGCAAACUCAAAGCUGCUUUACUCUUGAUUGUUGCUUGCCGACUGUACACGCACUGUCUCAUUCCUGUGAACCAGCACAACAUCAGCCGUUGAGUAGGCAAGAACUGAUUGAUGUCAGCAAGAUAUUGAGUGAUGAAGACAUUGAAUGGAUACUGGAGUGUGAAUCAAGCAAUGACAGUGACAGCUGUUCUAGCAGCGACGAGACAGACUCAACUAAAGUGCCAGUUAAUAGGCAGAAACGAAAGAAGAGAGCCCAUAAUAAGAUGAAGAAGAAAGAUAGGAAGGUGGAAAAGAGAGAAGAAAAGAAAGAGAGGUUUGUACAUGUGGCAAAAGUGGAAGCGCACCAGUGUGAGAAAGAGAAGAAAGAAAGGCUGCCUGAGUUGAAUAUGAGAGGCCUGCCUGUCAAACAAGCAACAAGAGCAGUCAAAUGUUCGGUCACCGUGAAGCCAUACAAGUUUGUUAAUCCAUACACCAAUAGAUCAAAUGGUGGUAUUCCAAUCUUCUCUCAAGAAAGAAGCCAGGAACGAGCAAAGAAGAAACUAGAACGAGAACGAGGAAGAGUCAAACAAGAAGCAGAACUCAUUCGAGCAUCACAAUCGAAGCUAAUGCUCCCGUUGAACACUUUCUUUGCUCAGCAUGAUUCCUACUGUCUAUCUCCACCACAUCACGUGACCUCAACGAAACAUCCAAACUCUACUCAUCAAUCCACGUUUGAUAGUACGUUGAUGUGGCAGACACCGUUUGGCAGCAGUAUUCGUAGUUGCUUGACUGUUGGUAAUUCAUGGUCUCCCUGGUUGUUGAAAUCUCACACGGUGGGACCUGCUGCUUGGGGAGAUUUGGAUGCACAAACUUCUCUGUUCAAAUUAUAAUGCUCUAUUUUCACACAAAAGUAUUUGUAUUUUUGAACUACUUAUUUAUUAGUUUUUGUACCAAUGAGCGUUGAGAUACUGCUUUGUUGAGCUGGAGGACACGAGGCCAGUGAAUCUAAGUUAAUAUUCACGAAAACUAUAAUGUU